GCGCGCGGCGGGCCAAUGGCGGCGCGGGUCACAAUCGCGGGCGGGACUUCCGGGCGGCGCGGCUCACAAUCGCAGGGCGUGCCGGGAGUUGUAGUUCGGGGCGCGGGCGGCGGCGCGGGGCUGGUUCCGCUCGUUCUCGCGAUGGCCGCGCCUCGGCUCGCGCUCGUCGCCGCGUGCGUGCUGUGCGUGCUGCGCGUGGCGCCCGCCACCGUCUACUUCCAGGAGCAGUUUCUCGACGGAGAGCACUGGCGCAACCGCUGGGUGCAGUCGGCCAACGACUCCCGCUUCGGCCACUUCCGCCUGUCGUCCGGCACCUUCUACGGCCACAAGGAGAAGGACAAAGGGCUGCAGACGUCGCAGGACGGUCGUCGCUACGCGCUGUCCGCGCGCUUCCCGGCCUUCAGCUCCCGCGGGCGCGCGCUCGUGCUGCAGUUCUCGGUGAAGCACGGCCAGCGGCUCGACUGCGGCGGCGGCUACGUGAAGCUCCUGCCCGCAGACGUGGACCAGACGCGGCUCAGCGCGCGCUCGCCCUACUACGUCAUGUUCGGCCCCGACAUCUGCGGCUUCGACCUGAAGAAAGUGCACGUCAUCCUGCACUUCCAGAACCAGUACCACCACAACAAGAAGCCCAUCCGCUGCAAGGUGGACGCCUUCACGCACCUGUACACGCUGGUGCUGCGGCCCGACCUCACCUACGCCGUGAAGAUCGACGGGCAGGUGGUGGAGGCGGGCAGCGUGGAGUACGACUGGCAGCUCACCUCGCUCAGGAGCGCCCGCAGGGCCGCCGCCCGGGCCCGGGAGCAGGCGGGGGCCGGACACCAGGCCCAGGACUGGGAGAAGCAGUUUCUGGACACGAGCACCAGCACGGCCGGCGAGUGGAGCCCCGGGCUGGACGGGGCGGCCCUGCUGCAGAAGCCGCCGUACCAGGACGGCCUGCGGCCCGAGGGCAUCUCCGGGGACGUGUGGCUGCAGGAGGAGCGGCCGCCCAGCUCCUGGGCCGAGUUCGACCUCACCGAGUUCGAGGACAUCGGCGCCAUCGGGCUGGACCUGUGGCAGGUGAGGUCAGGGACCAUCUUUGACAACUUCUUGAUCACGGACGACGAGGACUACGCCGAGCGCUUCGGCCGGGCCACCUGGGGGGAGACCAAGGGCCCCGAGCGCGAGAUGGACGAGGUGCUGACCCGGGAGGAGCUGCGGCGCGCGCAGGAGGAGGAGGAGGAGGAGCUGCGGGCGGGCCGCUGGGGGGGCCGGGGCUCCCGGCGGGACGGGCUCUAGACCCCGCCCGUGUCCCCCGCGGGGGGCUGGCCUUCCCCACGCUCCCCCCCACCACGCUGUGACCCCCAGACGCUCUAGAAAUAAAGUCGGUCACAAGUGUCCCGGGGG